AUGGACUCGCAGAACCGCAGAUCACUGGGCACGUUGCCACGAAUAAUGGAAGAAGACCUCGCUGAGCCGGUCCGCUGCGACAUCGACAGAGCACUGGGAACAGAAGCGACCCGUCACCCCCGCAACGCGUUCGCUGAGGACGGGCUGAGACUUCACCGCCAUCGCCUGGCUAGCAACGCUUUCUACCAGGAGCAGUACGCCUUGAGGAAGAACACCCCACCUACGAUGAUACAUCCCGCGCUCCGCUACAACACCAACCUCUACGACAUUUCUCAAGCUCUGCCCGAGCUCAGCUCCGUCAUGCCCCCUCACCAACCUUCGCUCGAAAUGCAGCAAGUCUCGCCACGCCACGCGCGCAGCUCCCGCGACACCACCAUGUCGCCAUUCAUCAACGCUGGCUUCGAGGAGCGUGUCCCAUCUCCUGCGCUCAAGCUGGCGCCUUCACCCAACAUCACGCCUGAUGUGCCAACGAUGCGAAACAGGUUCGAGGAGCGUGUCACCUCCGCCAACCAGCAGGAAGUCUCUGGUCGUGAUGACUUCGUCUCUGUGACUAGAUACUCCCCCAAAGCAGCCAACCAGGAGUUUGGCCAGCACUCACGUCACUCUGAAGAUUCCCAAGGGAAGAAGGUUCCGGCAUCGCCGAAAAAAUCGCUGCUUGACCGCUUUCGCGGAUCGAACCGCCGCGGCACAGCUGUACCGCUCCAGCCUCUACCGUCGAUGAGCACGGCUGAUGGCUCACCCAGCAUGCCAGUGAAGGCACGCGCAGUUCUGUUUGCAACUCCACAAGUUAAUGAGGUGGGGCGCUCACCUUCGAAGAGCAAAGCCUUCUGGUCACGCCGCAAGCCAUCUGUCGCUGAGGAAACCAAAGCCCAAACUCCUACUUCUAUACUGAAAGCGCCUCCGCAUGUGGCUCGGCUUCCUGGCCACUCUCGCUCGCACAGUCUCGGCUACAUUGAUAACUCAGUCCCACCGACUCCGCUACCAAAAGACACCCCACCGGAGGAGAAGGCGAGGCUCGAAGCAGCCGGCGUAGCCACGAUUCCAMUCGAAGACAGCACGCCCACCCGAUACACCGGAUUCAUGAGCCUCAACAAUCGAGCCAGUCCCAGCAAGUUUGGAGGGUACGGCCAGCGCGGCAACGCCACACUCGUCGCGCAGCCCAGCGUGCACUCUCUUCGGGCAUCUGUUGUACCAAAUGCUAUGGACGGAGAAGACUUCGAUCAAAUGAAAAGCAGAAUUGAUGGACUGGGUCUGGAAAGCUUCUACCUGCCUCAGGAGGAGAAUUGUCAGAAUGCUGGAGCUUACAGUCCAAGCAUGUACUCGCCGGACGUGGGCGGACACCCAAUGAGUGCAUUUCAGCGGGCCGCAGGAUACCCGCAUUCGCCAACAACAACCGGUUCUACUGACACAAUCUCUCCUGACAUGAACAUUUCCAUUUCGUAUCCAGAGCUGGCCAGAGAUCCGUCGAUAACAUCCUUCAUGACUCCACCCAGCAAGACCACAAAGGAAUCAGAUGCCGUCAAUAGCACGGAUCACAACUACCUGGAGCUCAUGCGCCACGAGCGAGUGCCGCCUAAUCGACGCGGUGCGAUUGACGUUGUCAUCAACGAGGUGGAGGACAUGCUGCAGGGUGGAGAACCAAGUCCAAGUAACAGCAGUCUGUUUGCCAUCCCUCUGGGCCACGCCAGUGCUCAAGUCUCUCCACUUCAUCUUCCCUCGGCUGUGUUCAACCAGCAAGAGUAUCAGCACGCACCUCGUGAUCUUCAGCCAGUCCUUGCCGACAGCGACGGCAAUCAGAUACUUCCUGCUACUGCCUACAACCCGUGGGAUUUGCAGCAACAGUCGAAUCAUUCGCCCAACCGCGAGACCCGCUUACCGAGACGUCUUGCUACGCAGACUAAGGACAAGAAGAGUACGUCGGCCAUGCCUGGUCUGCAAUACGACAGUGGUGUUGAUGUCGAUCCAAAGAAGUCGUCUGCUAAGCUUCCGACUGCUGUCAAGCACUCAUUAGCCUCUUCUGUCCGUCGGUCAUCGGCAGCUGGAGAGGAGAAGUAUGUGGUUGGAGCCAGCCAAAGCACUGACGUCCGGGGUGCAACAGAGCUGGGUGCUAUCGAUGUCAUGGGUAGAGGUGAUCACGUCAAGGACCUGAUCGCAGCCUAUCAGCAGAGUGCAAUGGGCAAACGCCUGAGUUAUCUCGAAGAGUCCUUCAAGCAGGAUGCGAUCCAGGAGAGAAUGAGACUCGAACAGGAUGCCAUUCAGGAGAGAAAGAGACUUGAGCAGGAGAGAAAGAGACUCGAGCAGGAGGCCUUGUUCGAUCAGAGACUCGCCUCCCUUGAGAUCCAUCGGUUCAACCACGAACCGAGCCCAACCAAAUGCUACGAGACUUUGGAAGCCGUGGGCCAGCGCAAAUCGCAGAGGAAGAGCCUCGGUCCAUCGCACCCAGUCUCGGAUCAGAAGAAGAUGAGAGAGCCAAAGUUUCUCCCGCUCACCAAUUCUCCAGGCCAUCGCGCCGAUACCAAGCGGAUCAGCACCGGUGAAGCGAGGGACUUUUAUCAGAAUCAGCUCAAGGACGCCCCCGUCAUGAACUCUGGUAACGUCGACACCUCCGCCGAUGCUCGUCGGGAUCACGCCCCUUCAACAACUCCCAAGCCAUCACUAUCGCGUGUCGAAGCCGCCGAGGAGGAGCCACGUGUCCCGGAGUCGCGGUCGGAGAGUAAGAAGAUCCUUCAUUUGCAGCGGAAGCUCGAUCUUCAGCAGAAGUGGAUUGAGGAGGCUAUGGCGCGUAUGGAAGCUCUCGAAUCGCAAGCACAAGAGGCGAAGAAGUGA